AUGCAGAGGGACCUCGUCGAAUAUUGCAUUUCGGACGUGGAGAUCCUGACGGCCGCAUGUCUCAAGUUCCGACAGCAGCUGAUGGAAAUGGGAAACAUCUGCCCGUACACGGAAGCUUGUACCAUAGCCUCUGCGUGCAAUAAGGUGUACAGGCGCAACUUCCUCAAGCCAAACACCAUCAGCAUCAUCCCCAAAGGCGGCUACAGAUGGCGCGACAACCAAAGCAAGAUAGCCAUCCAAUGGUUGGUAUGGGAGGAACACACCAGGGGCCUCAACAUUUCUCAUGCUGCCAAAGACAAAGAAGCACGAGUCGCAGGGGUCAAAGUUGAUGGCUACAACCCUGAAACCAAACAGGUGUUUGAGUUUCACGGGUGUUACUUCCAUGGUUGCCCCAACUGCUUUAAAUAUAAUAGAGACAAGUCCCUACACGAAAACCCCUCCCAGACAUUAAGCACCCGACACGAAGCCACCCUUGCAAAGAUACAAAGACUUCGAGACCUUGGUUACGAGGUCGUUGAGAUGUGGGAGUGUACGUUUAGAAGAUUAAUGGCGCAAGACAGGCAAAUCGAAGACUACACUACCAAUCACCCCUUAGUUACGCUGACACCGCUAAACCCCAGAGACGCAUUUUACGGAGGACGUACAGGUAAUACUUUCGAGUAUUACAAGUGCGGCCCAGGGGAGAAAAUCAAAUACGUCGACGUCUGCUCCCUUUACCCCUGGGUCUGCAAAUACGGCAAGUUCCCCGUAGGACACCCCAAGGUGUAUGUGGGUGAGGAAUGCCCUACAGAUCUUCGCAAUGUAAACGGGGUUGUUAAAUGCAAGAUCCUCCCGCCCCAGAAUCUCUACCACCCUCUGCUCCCAGCCAAGAUGAGCUUGUUCUCUGUAGCGCCUACGGAGAACACAUGA